AUGGAGCCAAGUCACUCAACCAAGAGCAACCCUGAAACAGCGAUCCUUAUUGACUCCAAAUCUGCCAAAGGUAAAUCUACUGCUGCUCCUGCCGCAAUUACGGCUACAACAAAAGCUACACCUUACAGGAAAGGAGGAUGGAAGAGAGGGGUCGCGAUUUUCGACUUCAUUUUGAGGCUUUGUGCCCUCAUUGCUACCUUAACUGCCACCAUUACUAUGGGAACUACUGAUCAGACACUCCCUUUUUUCACACAAUUCUUCCAGUUUCAAGCAAGCUAUGAUGACCUUCCAGCUUUCUCAUACUUCGUGGUGGCGAAUGCAAUUGCUAGUGGCUACCUUGUUCUCUCCUUGCCUUUCUCAAUCGUCUGCAUCGUUCGACCUCAUGCAGCCGGAGCAAGAUUAGCACUUCUCAUCUUUGACACAAUGCUGUUGGCUUUUACCACUGCUGCAGCAGCUUCCGCGGCUGCCAUUGUCUAUUUGGCUCACAACGGCAAUCAAAACGCAAAUUGGCUUGCAAUUUGUCAGCAGUACACUGAUUUUUGUCAGCGCGUAAGCGGGGCUGUGGUGGCCUCAUUCAUUGCAGCAGUCACCUUCGUAUUCCUGGUCGUGCUUUCUGCUGUGGCUCUUCGAAGACGCUAA